CGUUGCUUGAUAUCUUUCGCCGUCGUCUCUUGCGAGUCUUGCGAAGAUGGUUCUUCAAAACGAUAUCGAUCUGCUUAACCCUCCAGCUGAGCUUGAGAAGAGGAAGCAUAAGCUCAAGCGUCUUGUUCAGUCUCCCAAUUCCUAUUUCAUGUAUGUGAAGUGCCAUGGCUGCUUCAACAUCACGACUAUUUUCAGUCACUCACAGACAGUCGUGGUAUGCGGAAAAUGCCAGAACGUUCUGUGCCAGCCUACAGGAGGAAAGGCCAUCCUCACAGAAGGAUGCUCUUUCAGGAAGUUAUCAUCAUAAGCUUGUCUUUUUUGAUGAUUUAAUAUUUUAAAUUCCAAUCAGUUUGCAGUCAUCUAAAAAGCUCACUGGUUUUCUCCUCCUGUUUAAUAAAUUAAUAGUUGACAA